UAUUUUACCAUAGUCUGACUUCAGAUGUAUGCAAAUCGGCUUAUAAACUGGAAUGAAAAUGCUCUAAUUUUCCUCUGUGUCCAGUUUCCCUCAUGAAAAUUGUCCAAAAUGGACUCCCCUAUGUCUGACCAACCCGACCUUGAGAAGGGCCUUUCUAGGGACCGACUCGCCAGAACAGGAUCAGCAGCUUCUUCUCAACCAAGUUUACAAGCCGAGAGUACUCCCUCUGUACCAACUCGAUUUUUCAAUCGGUAUCUGUGGAUGAAAGAGAAGCGAACUCUUGAUCCCGUACGAAAGCCACAGCAUAGAAAGCUAAUUUCUCAAGAGAAGAGCUACCGUAAAGUGGCCACCUUUCUUGAUAGCGAUGAAAAUUUCAUGAUCUAUCGCCGUUUUGGGUACUUGCACGCACGUAUGCUUCUGCGGCUACAAGACAAGUUGAGAGUGCUAGAGUCCUUGUUGGAUGAUUAUGACGACGAAGACGCUAGCGAUGAAACGCAGAAGCAACUUCUAAUGUCUAGGGACUUAGAUGAAGCCGCUUGCAAGAAGCUGGUGAAGCAAGAACCUGGAACACAGACGCGAACCCAAAUCUUGGACGAAAUUGAGGUAAACCUAGGAAAAUAUGACGAAUGGGUUUUGAAAGCACAACAUAUGGUGUCCCUUAAUAGACCAGCAGAGAGGGACUAUCAGAGCGUCGAAGCACACUUAUUCAGCAAAAAACCAUUGAUGGAUGAGGAGUAUGACUUCAUUUACCAGAAAGAAGACCUGAUAACUCUACGAGAUGGGAAGGAAAUGGCACUCUUAGACUCCUUCACUGAGAAUAUACUUCGGACUUUUCAUUGUUCACUGGUGCAGAAAAUCUUCUGCACAAAGCGUGAUCUUGAGAAAACAGAUGAUCCCGACGUGUAUUACUAUAGCAAAAGCCGCAAAGAUUGUUUGAAUACCACAAUCUUAUGCCUAGUGCUAUUAAGCCUCCUCGUUCUACCGAUAUUCAUAUUAUACAGACUUCUGAGGGCACAUCCCGAUGAAAAGGAGUACACAGUGAGUAUCGGGUUACUUAUCGUCUUCACGCUGUUGUUUUCAGGCGUGUUGUCGCUUUUCACCAAAGCCAAGCGCCAUGAAAUCUUCGCUGCGGCAGCAGGGUGAGUAGCUCGCGAGCGAGAAAGAUCUGCGGAUGAAUAUAUUGACGUUUCGUAGAUACUGUGCGGUUUUGAUGGUCUUCUUUAGUAAUAUCUCAUAAACUGAGCGCAAAGGGCGGGGGACAU